AUGGCUCUCCAUUGCCCAGUGUUGAUGAAUUCAUGCCUGGCGCUGGGAGCCAAGCAAUUAGCCUUGAAGGCCCCGGCGAACGAAGCACAGAACGCGAACGAGAUUGCUAUUCGUUAUCAUCAACUUGCCAUUGAGGCUCUUAGAGCUAUAAUAAUGUCUCCGGCGUUAGCAUCCCAUGACGCCAUUCUUGCCUCGAGUAUCAUUCUUUCCACGUAUGAAAUGCUCGAUGUUGCAGGCGAAACCUUCGGCUCCCAUCUCAGUGGCGUCGCAUUUUUCCUGCAGGCCCAGAAUGUUCAUGGCGAUUCGUGCAACAUCAAAGGCGCAGCGUACUGGACGUGGUACCGGCAUGAAAUAUGA